AUGAUUCGUUUUAUUCUUAUUCAAAAUCGAGCAGGCAAAACUCGUUUAGCCAAAUGGUUUAUGAACUUUCAUGAUGAUGAAAAACAAAAAUUAAUCGAGGAAGUUCAUGCAUUAGUUACAGUACGAGAUGCUAAACAUACAAAUUUUGUCGAAUUUCGUAAUUUUAAAAUUGUCUAUCGUCGUUAUGCGGGUUUAUAUUUUUGUAUAUGUGUUGAUGUCAAUGAUAAUAAUUUAGCUUAUCUUGAAGCAAUACAUAAUUUUGUUGAAGUUCUUAACGAAUUUUUUCAUAAUGUAUGCGAACUUGAUUUAGUCUUCAAUUUCUAUAAAGUUUAUUCAGUUGUUGAUGAAAUGUUUUUAGCUGGUGAAAUUCGAGAAACAAGUCAAAUCAAAGUUUUAAAACAAUUAACAACGUUAACAUCACUUGAAUAG